CAUCAGCUGGCUGGCUUGCAACCCGUUUUACGACGGAAAUGCGGAAUUCCGAAUUGACCGAAUUAUAAUUUACAACGAGACCAGAUUCGCCAUAUUCGAUUUUUAUAGUUAUUUUGCUGUUCGACGUCUAUUUUGACUUGUUAUCUGUCCAAAUAUUUUCAGUUCGUCCUUUGAUUUUUACGAUCAUGUACAAGCUGAAACCGGUAGUCCGUGUUCCUCUGUUGAUUGAGAAUACAUCCCGCAUGUACAAGCUCAAAGACUUACAACAGAUGUCGUUCGCCGAGGUGCCGAAGAGCGAAAAGUCUGACAAGUUGCAGGACAAUUUAGACGAAAUUGAAUUAUCUGACCAAGAAAUUCAAGUACUCUUAGAGAAACAGAAUGAAAUUCUUAAGACAUUAGAACAACUUGAACUUAGAUUAAAUAAAUUAGAUGUUAAGUUCCCUGAUUUAAAAGAAAGUUCACGCCUUCCAGAAAAACAACAAUCAAUUCUGUGUAAUGUACAUAAAAAACAUGAAAGCAAUUCAAAGUCUGUAAUCAAUAAUGAUAUUGAAAAUCUGAUAAAAAAUGAUACUGUAGUGUUUGCUGAUCCAGAAGAUCCACCUUAUUCUCUAUUGGCUUUACCAAUCUUGUGGCCAACAGUUGCAUGGGAUAUUACUUAUCAUGUCCAUUCAUCUAUAUCAAAAGAUUUGAAGGCAUUAGAAACCAUUAAAGCAUUCAAAAAUGUGACUUGUAAAAAUUCAAAGAGCAUUGUCAAAGUCUUUGUAAUAUGGCAACACAUUAAGCCUAGCCCUAAAGUGGUCAGAUCUCCCACAAAUUCGUCUAUCGGUGAAGUAUCAUUGUUACGGAUGUUCAAUCAAUAUCUGGCCAUUCUACCACUGGCUGCUGCUGAUCAAAUAAAAUUUAACCAGACUUUAGAUUUAAUAAAUGAAAUUGAGUAUUCGGCAAAUGAACGAAGUCCAGAACUAUACAACCUGAUCAUAGAUUCGAAUACAAAAUUGGACAUUACAAAUAUUGUUGUAUGGUCUUUGUUGUACAAAAAAAGUGAACACCCACCAAUGAUAGAAAAAUGGUUAUCACACUUUACAAAAAUUAUAAUUGUAUAAGAAAUUGUUAUUAAAAAUAAAAUAUUUAUGUACUUAAACA